CAGCAGUAAGAAGCCCAGCUUGUUCCCAGCGAUGGCCGCACUUCUUCUUCCACCUGGAUGAAGUCAGCGGCUGGCACAGGCUCCGCCUCCUCGCGCCUUCAAGCAUCGCUUUCACGCCUCGCCUUCUUCCCGCGUCCCUCCGACCUCCUUGCUCGCAGUCAUGGGGUUUCUCCGAGUGCCGUGUGAGGAGCGGAUGGAGCAGUGAGGAGCACAUGACUGGAUUUAUGCAUCCCCAGGACGCCGCCGCAACUUUGAGGAUGCUGAGGAUGUUUUGGUGCGCCGUGGUCCUCCUCACACCUGCGCUCCACCUGAUCACAAGUGCCCACGCCUCAAAGUCCGAGAUUGUGAAGUCUGGGAGUCCUAAAUCUAACGUCAAGCACAUGUGGACUGAAGGCAGUAAGGACAUGUCCAUCAGUCGGCUGCUGUUACAGACUCUGCAUGGCAAAGAGAACAACACAGCUUUGGACUUUCGCUACGACACUCCGGAGCCUUAUUCGGAGCAGGACCUGUGGGACUGGCUGAGGAAUUCCACAGACCUGCAGGACUCGCGCCCCAGGGCUAAACGGCGGCCCAUGGUCAAGACCGGGAAGUUCAAGAAGAUGUUCGGCUGGGGGGACUUUCACUCUAACAUCAAGACGGUGAAACUCAACCUACUGAUCACUGGUAAGAUCGUGGAUCACGGCAACGGAACAUUCAGCGUCUACUUCCGCCACAACUCCACGGGCCAGGGCAACGUGUCCGUCAGCCUGGUCCCUCCCACCAAGAUAGUGGAGUUCGACGUGGCGGCGCAACAGUCCGUCAUCGAUGCCAAGGACUCCAAGUCCUUCAAUUGCCGCAUUGAGUACGAGAAGGUGGAGAAGGGCGCCAAGAACACGCUGUGCAACUUUGACCCGUCCAAGACGUGCUACCAGGAGCAAACUCAGAGCCACGUCUCCUGGCUCUGCUCAAAACCUUUCAAAGUCAUCUGCAUCUUCAUCUCCUUCUACAGCACCGACUACAAACUGGUGCAGAAGGUGUGUCCGGACUACAACUACCACAGCGACACUCCGUACUUCCCGUCUGGCUGACAUUUGCUCACAUGCAGUAGACCAGCACCAACCAGGGCUUCAACCCACCACCCAGAAAUUUCUAUGUUCUGUCCGCUGAAGUGUCAAACAUCGCGGUAUCAAACCUUCCUAUUGGUAUCCUAUUCUAACGUUUACAUUGUGGCAGGGAGGACCUUUUGUUGUGAUGUUAAAUCGGUAAAAAUAAUUACUUUUCUUUCUCAGCUCGUGUUGACUUUUCAUUUAUUGGUAUUUUUUAGGGUCUUAAUAGUAUUCCUCUCUACGUUUUUUCUUGUUAGAUCACAACUUUUUUGCGACUCCUACCCCAGAUUUCCACUGAAUGAGCAACGGCAGCUAAACGCAGUCGGGCGAUCCCCAGCGGCCUUCUGUUGUGGGUCCGUCCUGCGGGGAAAAUAGCACGGACUUUUUACGAGAUCUCGAGAAUCCGCGCGUAAUCACGGGAUAAGUGGAGAUGUAGUAAAGCGGUCCACAAACAAUUGAUUUACCAAGCACUCUACGGCUUUCCCGGCCCCCGGAUCAGCUUGUGUUUGACGCAAGCCCCCGCAUCCCCAUAUAGCUGCCCGGGAUGUGUCUGUAUAUGAUUUUUUUAAAUUUGGACCUCCAGAAUCAGCAUGUCCUCAUCCGUUUGGGUCAACGUCUGCAAUCACUUGACAAGUUGACUUGCCUAUUACAUACUUGCCAACCCUACCGGAUUUUCCGGGAGACUCCUGAAAUUCAGCGCCUCUCCCGAAAACCUCCCGGGACACAUUUUCUCCCGAAAAUCUCCCGAAAUUCAGGCGGACCUGGAGGCCACGCCCCCUUCAGCUCCAUGCGGACCUGGAGGGUCCGCAUGGAGACUUCAGAACAGACUCACACACUUGACGUCAGGUGCGCAACACCACGUAAAUCGUUGGCCAACCAAAAAGUAACCCCGGUACGCUAUAGCCAACAUUCACCAGGAGAUGGCAACAGACAAACAUAGAUCACUCUAUUACAUUCCAGUCUCUCUCCAUGUUUUCUCGCCAUGGUAACAUGUGAUCCUCAUGCACUGUGCGCUGUCUCUGUCCCUCGUCUCUGUGGUGGGCUCUCCUAUUUCUGGGGAUGAGGUUGCUGAGGUAGUUAAAAAGCUCCUCGGUGGCAAGGCCCCGGGGGUGGAUGAGAUCCGCCCGGAGUUCCUUAAGGCUCUGGAUGCUGUGGGGCUGUCUUGGUUGACAAGACUCUGCAGCAUCGCGUGGACAUCGGGGGCAGUACCUUUGGAUUGGCAGACCGGGGUGGUGGUUCCUCUCUUUAAAAAGGGGAACCGGAGGGUGUGUUCUAACUAUCGUGGGAUCACACUCCUCAGCCUUCCCGGUAAGGUCUAUUCAGGUGUACUGGAGA